UUGUGUUCGGCCGGAACAGAAUGAGGAGCGCUCCUUCUGUUUCCGGCGCUGUGAGAGCAGAGGAGUGAUUCACAUAGCACAGAGAUGCAGGACCCGAACGCAGACACCGAGUGGAAUGACAUCCUCCGGAGGAAAGGUAUUCUGCCUCCUAAAGAAACCCCGAAGGAGGAGGAGGAGGACGAGCAGCUUCAUCAGCCUCAGUCUGUCGUGAAGACGUAUGAGAGCAUGACUCUAGAGGAGCUGGAGGAAAAUGAAGAUGAGUUUAGUGAUGAGGAUGAACUCGCCAUGGAGAUGUACAGACAGAAGAGGCUUGCCGAGUGGAAAGCGAACCAGAUAAAGAACGCGUUUGGGGAGUUGAACGAGAUCUCGGGUCAGGAUUACGUGAAGGAAGUGAACGAAGCUGGAGCCGGAAUCUGGGUGGUGCUUCAUCUCUACAAACCGGGGAUCCCGUUGUGUACGCUGAUAAACCAGCAUCUGUCACUUCUGGCACACAAGUUUCCUCAAACCAAGUUCAUCAAGUCUAUUUCCACCACCUGCAUUCCCAACUACCCCGACCGCAACCUGCCCACGCUGUUCGUCUACCACGAGAGCGAGAUGAAGGCCCAGUUCAUCGGCCCGCUGGUGUUCGGAGGCAUGAACCUGAAGUGUGACGAGCUGGAGUGGCGUUUAUCCGAGACCGGCGCUGUGAAGACUGACCUGGAGGAAAACCCCAGAAAACAGAUCCAGGAUCAGAUGAUGACGUCCAUUCGCUGCUCGGCGCCGAUCCGCAGAAACGGUGAUGAGGACUCAGACGAGGACUGACACUAGAUCACACACACACACACAGCUGGACUGCUAUGGUGCCAGUCUCACAAACUCCAGUCGUUUUGUGGCGACUCGAGCACAUCAGAAAAGACUGUUUAAGCCGUUGCCGGGCAGACUCUAAUAUUUGCCAUAUUAAAAUCCCACAGAGAACGACUCCUGCUUAUCUUGCACUCGAAAACAUUUUUAAACCAGCCAUCAUUUUCACCCAAAAUGUGCAUUGUUUUGUUUUAUAUUGGAUUUCUAAUAACGCAACCUUCGUCAGUUCAAUGCUUGUCACCAUUUAUUAUAUAAAAACGUUUAUUGAUUUGA